UAACCCUAGAGCUAGGUCAUUCGACGGAGAUAUGUUUCCUUCAUCCAACUUCUCUUUCUCAGCGUCGUCGCUGUUUUCAGCGUACGCAUCCUUAAGCGGAUUCUUGAUGCUCGUUAGAUCGAUGUUCCACGAUUUCAUACCGGAGAAUCUCCGAUCAUACAUCACCAAAUUACUCGAACGGUUUUUCACUCCGAAAUCGAAGAAAGUGACUAUGGUUAUCGAAGAAUAUAUGGCAUAUAAGAGGAACCAAGUGUUCGACGCGGCGGAGAUGUACCUCCGGAACAGAAUCGGGCCCGAAACUGCCCGUUUACGAGUCGGUAAACUCCCAAAGCAGAAGCACUUCACAAUCUCGGUCGAGAAAGGCGAAGAGCUCUUGGAUACUUUCGAGAACUGCGAGAUGAGAUGGACUUACGUUGAAUCAGAGAACGAGAAAGAGAAUGAAGUGAAAUGUUACUACGAGCUCACGUUCGAGAAGAAGCUUAGAGAUAAAGUCAUCAACUCUUAUUUGAGCCACGUUAUAGCCGAAUCGGAGAAGAUUAAGAGGUCCUUGAGAGUGGUGAAGCUUUAUAGCAAGGAUGUGUAUUCGAGAAAAGAUGAUGAUGGUAUGGCUCGUGGGAACUGGGGAUGUAUCAAUCUUGAGCAUCCAUCGACCUUUGAUACAUUGGCAAUGGACCCGGAUGCGAAGAAGAAGAUCAUUGAUGAUUUGGAGAGGUUCUUGAAGAGGAGAGAGUUUUACAAGAGAGUUGGUAAAGCUUGGAAGCGAGGUUACUUGUUGUAUGGUCCUCCAGGAACUGGUAAAUCAAGCUUGAUUGCUGCAAUGGCUAAUUAUUUGAAGUUUGAUGUGUUUGAUCUUGAUCUUAGUAGUAUAUAUGACAAUGGUAGUCUGAAGCGCAUCUUGUUAUCUACCACGAAUCGUUCGAUUUUGGUUAUUGAGGAUAUCGAUUGUAGUUCCGAGGUGAUAGACAGGGAAGCAGAAUCCGAUUCCGAAGAUGGUUAUGCAUAUGCAAAGGUGACUCUAUCAGGGAUUUUGAAUUUCAUUGAUGGGUUAUGGUCAAGUUUUGGGGAUGAGAGAAUCAUAGUGUUUACGACCAACCACAAAGAACGGCUAGACCCUGCUCUGUUACGUCCUGGAAGAAUGGAUGUGCAUAUCAACAUGUCUUAUUGUACAGGGCUAGCAUUUAGGACAUUGGUCACUACUUACCUUGGUUUAGACGGCUUAAACCAUCCUCUCUGCGAGGAAAUCGAGAAGCUGAUCGAUUCUACUGAAGUUACUCCUGCUGAGUUAGCUGAAGAGCUGAUGCAAGACGAUGACACUGACAUUGUUCUUCGUGGAGUAGUUAGUUUUGUUGAGAAGAGGAAGGUCGAGCGAAGCAAAAUCAAGGAGCUGGAGGAUGCUAUGUGUAAAGUAAUUGAUGAUGACUACGUAGUUGAUGAUGACGAUAUACACAAUUAUGGUUCUAGGAAUGGUUCGAAUAAGAAGAAAGGGAAAGGAAGAGGCAGAGGGAAAGGGAAAGGGAAAGGAAAAGGAAAUUAA